AUGGCUGAGGGCUGGUGUUUUGAGGAGGGGAAUCGAAGCGACUCGUCCGAGGGGCCAGAUGGUGGACUUGGCGACCGGUUUGCGCACUUCACCAUCCGCAAACAGACAUCUUACAGGUGCAUGCCGACUAUCAUGCUGUACAGAUUGUUAGUAUUUCCCCCGACCAUCUCAGUGGUCAAGUGGGCAGAGUGUCUGCCCGGCAAGUACUUGAGACAUAACAUAACCUCACUCGGGACUAAUGAUGUGUCAUUUCUUGUCACUCAUUGGUCAUUCUCCCACUGUGUCCUUAUCACUCAUUGGUCAUUCUUCCACUGUGUCCUCAACACCCAUUGGUCAUUCUCCCACUGUGUCCUUUGUCACUCAUUGCUCAUUCUCCCAGUGUCUUCGACGCUCAUUGGUCAUUCUCCCACUGUGUCCUCAUCACUCAUUGGUCAUUCUCCCACUGUGUCUUCAUCACUCAUUGGUCAUUCUCCCACUGUGUCUUCAUCACUCAUUGGUCAUUCUCCCACUGUGUCUUCAUCACUCAUUGGUCAUUCUCCUACUGUGUCCUCAUCACUCAUUGGUCAUUCUACCACUGUGUCCCAGUCACCCAUUGGUCAUUCUCCCACUGUGUCCUCAUCACUCAUUAGUCAUUCUCCUACUGUGUCCUCAUCACUCAUUGGUCAUUCUCCCACUGUGUCCUCAUCACUCAUUGGUCAUUCUCCUACUGUGUCCCAGUCACUCAUUGGUCAUUCUCCCACUGUGUCCUCAUCACUCAUUGGUCAUUCUCCUACUGUAUCCUCAUCACUCAUUGGUCAUUCUCCCACUGUGUCCUCAUCACUCAUUGGUCAUUCUCCCACUGUGUCCUCAUCACUCAUUGGUCAUUCUUCCACUGUGUCUUCAUCACUCAUUGGUCAUUCUUCCACUGUGUCUUCAUCACUCAUUGGUCAUUCUUCCACUGUGUCUUCAUCACUCAUUGGUCAUUCUUCCACUGUGUCUUUGACGCUCAUUGCUCAUUCUUCCACUGUGUCCUCAUCACUCAUUGGUCAUUCUCCUACUGUGUCCCAGUCACUCACUGGUCAUUCUCCCACUGUGCUUCAUCACUCAUUGGUCAUUCUUCCACUGUUUCCUUCUCACUCAUUGGUCAUUCUCCUACUGUGUCCCAGUCACUCAUUGGUCAUUUUCUCACUGUGUCUUCAUCACUCAUUGGUCAUUCUCUCACUGUGUCCUCAUCACUCAUUGGUCAUUCUCCCACUGUGUCUUCAUCACUCAUUGGUCAUUCUCCCACUGUGUCUUCAUCACUCAUUGGUCAUUCUCUCACUGUGUCUUCAUCACUCAUUGGUCAUUCUCCCACUAUGUCUUCAUCACUCAUUGGUCAUUCUCCCACUGUGUCUUCAUCACUCAUUGGUCAUGCUCCCACUGUGUUUUCAUCACUCAUUGGUCAUUCUCCCAAUGUGUCUUCAUCACUCAUUGGUCAUUCUCCCACUGUGUCUUCAUCACUCAUUGGUCAUUCUCCCACUGUGUCUUCAUCAUUCAUUGGUCAUUUUCUCACUGUGUCUUCAUCACUCAUUGGUCAUUCUUCCACUGUGUCUUCAACGCUCAUUGCUGAUUCUUCCACUGUGUCUUCAUCACUCAUUGGUCAUUCUUCCACUGUGUCUUCAUCACUUAUUGGUCAUUCUUCCUCUGUUUCCUUCUCACUCAUUGUUCAUUCUCCCACUGUGUCUUCAUCACUCAUUGGUCAUUUUCUCACUGUGUCUUCAUCACUUAUUGGUCAUUCUUCCACUGUUUCCUUCUCACUCAUUGUUCAUUCUUCCACUGUGUCCCAGUCACUCAUUGGUCAUUUUCUCACUGUGUCUUCAUCACUUAUUGGUCAUUCUUCCACUGUUUCCUCAUCACUCAUUGGUCAUUCUUCCACUGUGUCUUCAUCACUCAUUGGUCAUUCUCUCACUGUGUCUUCAUCACCUAUUGGUCAUUCUUCCACUGUUUCCUCAUCACUCAUUGGUCAUUCUUCCACUGUGUCUUCAUCACUCAUUGGUCAUUCUCUCACUGUGUCUUCAUCACCUAUUGGUCAUUCUUCCACUGUUUCCUCGUCACUCAUGGGUAUUUCUAUCACUGUGUCUUUGUCACUUAUUGGUCAUUCUUUCACUGUUUCCUCGUCACUCAUUGGUCAUUCUCCCACUGUGUCCUGGUCACUCAUUGGUCAUUUUAGGAUAA